AUGACCUCAACAAAGACUAAGGUACUCUUCCUAGGCCCUGUGGGUACUUAUUCUCAUCAAGCGGCCUUACAGCAAUUCGGUGACUCAGACGAUAUUGAGUAUAUUCCUGCUCAAUCUAUCCCACAAUGUUUCGAUGAUCUAGAAGGCGCUAAAGACAUCACAUAUUCUGUUGUUCCAUUAGAAAACUCUACUAAUGGUCAGGUCGUAUUCUCAUAUGACUUGUUAAGAGAUAGAAUGCUUGAUGAAAAAUGCCAAAAGAAACAAAAUCAAAUUAUUUCAUCGUUGGAAGUCAUUGGCGAGCAAUACGUUUCUAUUGCCCAUUGUUUAAUAAGUCCAGUUGAUAUUUCUGGACCUAAAAAUCUGGCCAAUUAUAAGCAGGUCAGGAUACAUACGCAUCCUCAAGUAUGGGGUCAGGUUGCUCGAUAUUUAAAGGAAUUGAGAAAAAACUUUUCAUCCACGAAAUUUGAACUUAUUGACUGUACAUCUACGUCAGAUGCUGUGUCACAGGCUCAACAAACCCAGUUGAAAAAUAUAAGUGAUCAAGACGUUUUGAAUGUAGCAAUAGCAAGUGAAGCAGCAGUACACAUAUAUAAGGCAUACAUCGUUGAUCAUUCGAUUAAUGACGUAACUGGUAACACUACAAGAUUUUUAGUGCUACAAAGAAGAGGUACAGUUGAACUAUUCAAUACAGAAAAAAUGAAAGUAAGUCUCUUAACCUUCACUACAGAGCAAGAUUGCCCCGGUUCAUUGGUUGACGUUUUGACAAUUCUAAAAAAUUUCUCAAUAAAUAUGUGCUCUAUUAGUUCAAGACCAUUUAAUAACAAGACAAGUACCAGAAAAUGGCAAUAUAUCUUUUAUAUUGAAUAUGAUUUUGAUGGAAGUAGAGACAUUUGGGAUUCUUUCUACGAGCAAAUAAAUUUGAAAUGUAUGGAAUGGUGUCUAUGGGGCACCUUUCCUAGAAAUGAUAGAUACUAUAAAUAA